GGGCGAUAUGAGGGGCAAUGUCGAGGAGCGCGAUCCUGUGGCAGCUUCUUCACGACUUUGUUUUCGUGUGGCGGUAGGCUGAUGUGAGCAUGAGCUGACAAUCAAACCACGAUUAUGUCCAACGAGUAUGAGUCAGCGUUCGAGGGGGACAGCGAGGUGGAGGAGCGGCGUCGGCGUCGCAACGACCUGCGCUACAAAUCGCGGCCGGCUCCUGAAAGCAAGGCUGACGCGGCGUUCUUCUCGUCCGAGCGGGCCCGGCAUGAGGGCCGCGUGCGCCGGCUGCACUACCUCGCGCUGAACGCCUACGACCGGCACAAGGAGCUCAUCAACAACUACCACCUGUACUACCCGGGCUCCACAGCGCUGCUGCAGCGCGACGCCAGCCGAGACCGCACCGACCACGACGUCAUCCGCGAGCACCACCGCUUCGUGUGGGAGCCCGACGACCCGACUGACUCCUGGGAGAGGAGGCUGGCCAAACGCUACCACGACAAGCUGUUCCGCGAGUACUGCAUCUGCGAUCUCACGUACUACAAGCUGAACAAGGUGGCCAUGCGCUGGCGCGUCGAGAAGGAGGUGGUGGCCGGGAAGGGCCAGUUUUCGUGCGGCAGCAAACACUGCGAUGCCAGGGAGGCGCUGCAGUCAUGGGAGGUGAAUUUCUCGUACGCCGAACACGGCGAGCAGAAAAACUGCUUGGUGAAGCUGCGUUUGUGCCCCGACUGCUCACGAAAGCUUAACUAUCACAAGCAAAAACGGAAAGCAAAGGCGCCGAAGACGAAGAAGCGGGCGAAAAAAUCUAGAAAGGACGACACGAAGGGUAAAAGCGUGCCUGAUAGUGCUGCUGUUGAGACCGUGAGUGGUGAUGGAGCCGCGGCCGCACCUUCGGCCAGUGUUCCCAGCGAUACAACUUCCAAGGGGUCCGCAGCAGUCAGUGCGGACGAUAUUUGGAAGCAACCUGCGGUGGUUGACGAGGAAAAGUCUAGAGAGGAAGAAUUCGAUGAAUUUCUCUCAGAGCUAUUCUUGUGACUCGACGGGAACUGGCAACUUUGAGAGGUGCGUUUUAGCACUUUGGUUGCUAUUUGGUUGCUAAACUGGCAUUGUUUUGUUGGAUACUGUUCCCUGGUGUAUCAAUGUUUCCAACAAUUAAGGUGCGCUGUGUUAUUGCGGCAUGCGUAACAAUUAUAUGGUACUGUUUUUUGUUGUUUUUUAUACAAAACUCGCGCUGUUUAGAGCGUUGUCUCUGACAACAGGUGACAGAAGUGUUACUAUAAUAACCCAGUGAUUCAUAAACUUC